AUGCGUGCCUCUAUCCGUUCGGCUCUCAUCUUCGCUGCCGCCGCCGUUGUGGCGCUCCAGGUGGCUCAGCCCGCUUCGGCCCACCUUGUCGACCGCGAGGUGUUCGAGAACAUCGCCCCUUCCCUCUACAACUACCAGCGUCGUCAGGAGGGCGCUACCGCCGUCCCCACCACCACCACCAGGACCGCUGCUCCCACCCAGACUGCUGGUGCCGGCUGCAAGGCCGACGGCGACUGUGCCGAAGGCUACAUGUGCGACACCAGCGCCGGCAAGUGUGUGCCCAACAAGGGCGAAGGCCAGCCCGGCUUCUACUGCACGGGCGACAACCAGUGCGCGUCCAACUACUACUGCUACCGUGGCAGCUGUGAGACUGUCAAGCAGGCUGGUCAGAACUGCUACAAGGACAACGGCUGCCUGUCGGGCUCGUGUGUCAACAAGAGGUGUGCCGAGCCCAAGACCGUCCCCGCCGGUGCAGCUUGCUCCCAGUCGACCGACUGCCGUCCCGGCUACUUCUGCGGUAACCGCACCUGCAAGCCUCAGCAGGGCGGUGGAGCUGCUUGCUACAAGAACCAGGGUUGCAUCAACAACAUCUGCGUCGACGGCAAGUGCUCUUCUCAGGGUCUCAACAAGGAUGGCUCUGCAUGCUUCAACAACAGCGAGUGCAACUCCAACUUCUGCUGGAAGAAGGCCUGCCGCCCCAAGCGCGCCAACGGCCGCACCUGCAACUCGGCCGCCACCUGCGAGAGCGGUAAUUGCAGGUACAACAGGCGCACCAAGAUUUCCAAGUGCCGUGCUUAA